AUGAAAGAAAAAGUCUCCGAGCAACUCGAGAAAUAUUUCUUUAAUCUUCAGUAUGAAGACUAUGAUAAACCUGACCAAAAACUCAUUCAGCUUUUAUCCUUGGAAACUGAAGAAUGCGAAGAACUAUAUCAAAAAGAGCCACAACUUUUUGAUCAAUACUUUAAAGUAGCCAAAGUAAAUGAACCUGAUACCGAAUCAGAACAGGAAGACAAUCCUAACAUAAACGCUGUCAAGUUCGAAUACUCAGAUAGCAACGAAGAAAUGGAAGCAGAAUCUUCAUAUAUGGCCACAAACAGAGGCGAGAGAAAGAAGAAAAAGAAGUAUGAGUUCAAAAUGUCUGUCCACAAUGGUAUUCCAAAUAGUGGUAAAGGACCCAAUACGAUCAAUGUCCUCAAUAUUGAUUGUAUCCAAGACUUAAAACUCAGAGAAAGAGUUAUAGAAAAAUGGGUUACUGAGAUUUCACUAAUCUUACAAACAAACCCAGAUGAAUUUGGAAAUGCAAAAAAUGUUCUCCUACUUUUAGAACACAAGACUGAUGGAAUUGUGCAAAAAUUCCUUAGAAAUAAUAAUUGGAAUGAAGAAUUACAUGGAUUAGACCUUUUUGAUAGUCUUAUAAAUGUCAUUUACACUACCUUCUUAGGACUAGAUUAUGUCUCCAAUAAAGAUUUCACUAUAAAUAAGAAAGUCGACAUAGCAAGAGUCUCAAUGACAAAACUCCAAUUACAUGAUAUUUGUCUCCUUGACAAAUACACAUGUAGAUAUGAAUCAUAUCUUUAUGAUAUUCCACAGAGAAGUGAAUAUUCACAAUGGAUAUCUGCUUAUCUUAUGAAAAUACCAAUCAUUGGAGAAAUCUGUACUGAAAGAUGGAAAAAAGAAGCCAUUGGAGAGAUUCAACAAACCAGUCUUUCUUAUGCAACAAAAAUUGCAAAAGAAGAAAUUGACAGAAUAUGUCAAUACAGAUAUAAACAACAAAAGCUUAAAAAAAUAAGCAAAGAUUGUUGUAACAUUCUGUCUGAUUUCAAAGAUUUUGAUAUCGGAAGAAAAAUUUAUACUAAGAAAAAGUGUUGGAUCUGCAACGAAGAAGAACACUACGCUAAUGAAUGUCCAAAUAGGAAAAACCACCCUGACAAGGUCAAGGUAUUACAAACUGCUGAUAACGGAGGCUAUGAAGCUCUUGAAGAAGAAUACGAUGGUAUACAACAUGUUUUCAUUUUACAUGUUGAUACUAAUUCCUCGUCAUCCUCAGAAGAAGAUGAAUCAACUACUGAUGACUCAGAUUAG